AUGGCAACACGAUGGCAACCGCCUUCAUAUUCUCAUAUUCUUUGCCUUCCAAUGUUCGACCAUAAUGUAAUCGAUUAUGUGAGCUGCAACAAAAUGCGGCUCUUCACUCAAAUCAAGGCGUUGGGCGAUGCCACGAACCGUCUCCCAAAGACGAAGGGUAGGGAUGCCAAGCCCAAAGCAAAACCGCGAUCCAGAUCCGACAGUCUGCCUGUCUGCAACAUUACCCAAAAGGAGUUCUCGAUAGCAACACCUUCUGCUGGAUCAAUCGCUAGACGUCGGUCCGAGAAACAUGUGGCCACCGUCACGACCGAGUUGAUGGAAGACAAGCACCCGCUUCUGCAUGCAGAUUCGAUGGAGCAGACGCCUGAUCCAAGCCCUACGGUCACGGCACUCACCUGUUGCGUCAGACCGACGAACCAGCAUAACCCAUACUUUCCGCCACUUCCUCAAAAUCGAAAACGAAAACGAGAGCUCGACGGGUUUGUUAAGCGAGUGAAAUCUGUGAAACUGUCGGUGAACAAGAAGAUGCUCAUGGAGCUAUUCGACGAGUCGCAGAACGAUUUACGUCGCUUUCAAAUUCGAGGCGCUGCAAUCGAGGUUGAACCUCUACGGGAUGAAUUAGACAUCACAAGCUCGGCGGACGCUAUUCGGCGGUGUGACCUGGUUCUGCAGUCCAGGAGCAAUUCAGUGGCCUUCAGAACAUUCUAA